GAAGCAAUUUGGCGUGGCGUAGAUCCAGAGGACUUGAUAGAGCCAAAUACCACUGAACAUCUCGAUUUUUCUAAACCCGACCAACGAAACGUUCGCGAAAUCGAGCGGGACGGUGCUGGAUACAGCCCCGAGCUCGUCAGUCUGGUGCGAAGGUGCUUGUCUUUUCAUCAGAUCAACAGACCGUCGCCCGCGAACCUGUUGGCUGAUAUCCAGCGAGACAUGGUCGGGAGACUGAAUGAUAUGGACACACGUACGACCCCAGUGCCCUGGAAUCAUCCAGCGCGGCUGGUCAUGCGUCUGCGGAAUGAGUGGUCGAUCGGUUCAAGCUUUGAUCCAGAUUUCCCUGUUCCUCACUACCCUGAACCUGACUCUGAUUCUGAUUCUGACUACCAGGUAUCUUCUGACGACCAGUUAUCUUCUGACGAUGGAGCUCAGGCAAGACCGCGAGAUCAGUAUGAUCUUCGAAAUUGA